CCAAUAUAGAGGGCGGAAAGAGUUAAGGUGACCCAUUGCCUUUGGACAGCGGCGAGAAUCUGACAAUUUACGAUGAUUCGAUUCAUCUUGAUCCAGAAUCGUGCCGGCAAGACGAGGCUUGCCAAGUGGUACAUGUCAUUUGAUGACGAUGAGAAACAGAAGUUAAUUGAGGAAGUCCACGCACUGGUCACAGUCAGAGAUGCUAAACAUACCAAUUUUGUAGAAUUUCGUAAUUUUAAGAUAGUUUACAGAAGGUAUGCUGGUCUCUACUUCUGCAUAUGCGUUGAUGUAGGUGAUAACAAUUUAUCAUAUCUAGAAGCAAUACACAACUUUGUAGAGGUACUUAAUGAAUAUUUCCACAAUGUUUGUGAACUGGACUUGGUCUUCAACUUCUACAAGGUGUACUCGGUGGUCGAUGAAAUGUUCCUGGCUGGUGAGAUACGAGAAACAAGUCAAACAAAGGUCCUGAAACAAUUAACGAAUCUGUCACAACUAGACUGAAGGGAGGGAAGGGGAUAAUAUUGUAUGAGAAUUGGAGUAAAUAUGAGUAGUUAAAGUAGUCUUCUUUUGCUCUUUCCUCAAAGUUCAUAAAAACAGAAGUCUAUUUUCUUAAGUGCUCUCUUUUCGAAAAAAGGAAAGCAGUUAACUAAUGAAAUUCUGAUAACCACCAACCAAAUACAUUCUCAUAAAAUACAACUUCAAUAUGUCUUUGUUUUGUUAUUUUUACCUUCACAAAGACUGUUCAUGAUCUGUCUCGGGCUGUUGUGUAAGCUUGUUUCGACAGAUUGGUUGUGUUUUCGAAAGAUUAUUUAUCAAAAUGAGUUUGUAAUGACAGGUUUUAAGGCAAAUUAAUAUUACUUUAAAACUUCAUUGUCCAUGUGAUAAAGGCAAAGCUACCCGAAAACUAACGUCAUUGAAAUUCAAAGCAUGGUCAGGAUACUAUGCCAAACAAAUCCAGUGAACUCUAUUUUUUAGAUGGAACACUCUAAAUGAUACCAUCAAAAGUAUUACAUGUUUUUUUAACCAGGGCCAAAUUUUAUGGAGCAGCUUAAGCAGAAAAUAAUUGCUUCACAAUGUUCUGCUAAGUUGGAAUGAUCAAAAUACCAGUCACAAAUUGUUCGUGGGAUGGGGUAUUUUAGCUGGUAACCUUAUUCUGCUAAGCAUAAUUCUGUUCUGCUAAGCUAUUUGUUGUUCUCAAGCAGCUCUGUUAAAUUGGAUCAAUGAGUUUGUAGGUACAUUUAAAUUUUUCGAAACUGAAUGAGAACUGUCUACCAUAAUCAUGAUGAAUUUGUAUUUAGUUUUUAUUGGUUUUUCUUACAUGGGCAAUAUCUAAAUUUAAUAAUUGAAUUAUAAGUCAUAUAAAGUUUAUGUAACCCUAGUCUUGGUGCAAGACGUCCUUGGCGUUUUUUCUUUGCUAUCUAGCAAAUAUUGAACAUCAAUAGACCAUGUGAACCUUGUUUAUACAAUAAGUGUGACCUUGUACAUUCUUUGAGUAUUCUGGCAGACAAUAUACUACACUGGACCUAUGAGAAAGUUGACAUUUUGUGUCAUACUUUCCACAUAAAACCAAGAGUUAUGAAAGUAAAAGCUGGUCAAGUUUUGAGAUGUGCCCCCUUUCAUCAUAUCAAAAGUUGAUAUCAAAAGGAAUUAGACAUUGCAAUCUCAAUAAAAUAUUAGAUUUUAUGUUUUCUUCCAUUGAGCUGUGUAUAAAUCAUGCCUGCAGGAAGUCCAGGCUCUGUGGCUCUUUUGUAAACAUGUGAUGUCACAGGUCACAACGCCUAUACAAAUACACUGUACAGCGCGCUGAUGAACACAAGCUCAAUCAUGUGUAUAGUGCGCCCUCUAUUGACAGAGCCGAAUCUAUGACCAAUCGGUAGGGGGAAAAAAAACGCUAAAAGUUUCAUGCACCAAGACUAUUGUAACCCAUGUACAUGUCACUAGUUUCAUUUGCAGCUUCCCAUGUACAUGUAAUGCCAUAGUGUUUUACAAGAAAUUUGUAUAGGAUGUCAGUUUUAAUGUUUAGUGAUCAACUUUGUAUUACAUUUUUGUUAGAAUUCCUUACAUCUCCUACCGUUUGACAUAAGUAGAGUUUUUGACAUAAUGUGCCGUAACUUUUGCACCCAUAGUAACUACAAUUGCCUAAUUACCAAAAUGACUUUUAGUUAAAGAAACUGGAUUCUGGUUGCAUACUUUGCCUAAAUAACAGGGGAUAGCCAAUGACCCCACUGUGACUGUAGUUAACCAUUUCCAUCCAAUGACUGAACUGGGCUGCAUUCCAGCUAUGGUUAGCAUGGUGUGCACUUGUUUCAGUGUUUGGCCAUAUGGCCAGUUAGCUUGUCGUAUCAUCUGUCAGUCAGCCUUUUUCGGUCGUCCAUACUUCGUAUAAAUUAGGAAUGUUUUUCAACACUGAACUGAUUAGCUGAGACCAGACCACUCGGAGAGAAUUCUGAGCAGUCCUACAGUAUUAAACAAAACAUGCUGGUGAAUUUUGAUAUUGGGUUGGGGUGGUUAAGAAGCUUUGGGAUUCUUCCGAGGGAUGUUUGUAGCUCUUUAGUUGAUAGACAUGUGUAUGGUUAGCAAGGUUCAACCCCCCCCCCCUGCAAAAUACAACAAUUUAAAAGUCAGGAAUUCAGACCCCAAAAAACAAAAAGAAAACAAAGACACAAUUAGAAUACUGUUAUUUUAGUAUAAGAUGGAAGCCAUGAUUGUAUUUCUGCCAUUAGUACUUUGUUAAACCCAGUGUAAAUAUGUAUAACUCUAUAUUGUAAGACCUAAAAAAGUUCAUAAUGUAAUCUAGGAAGUGUAGUGUGUAAUACACAUGUACAUGUAUUAUAUAAAAGACAAAUACAUUAUUGCUAGUGUAAUUGAUCACAGUUCAAUCAAACGAUGGACAAGUUUUACCUUGUAUGUUAAUUGCAUGUACAAUACUAAGGAAGUUAACUCAGAAAUAUUUCCAUUUGAUACAGUAAUAGUGAAGUUGUUUCAUUUUCACACAUGAAAUUCUAUUCUUGUGUCCACAAUAUUCUAGAUGAAUUUUUUUUAUGGGAAUAUCAAAAGAUUCCAGUUUAGGUUUGACAUUUACCUUUAAUCAUUUGCAAGAAUUAUAAGCACUUUCACUCAACAACCAAGUGGUUAAGCUAUACCCUUCAUCGACAAUGUGACCAAAUUGUUUAAAUGAUUAAAUAAUGGUUCCUCAUGUAAAUGUUAUUUGUCAUUUUAUGUCGGUCAUUUAUUGGUUCUGUGUCUACUCUGAUGUGUAGUUUUGGAUCAGUGCCUCCAUAUGAAGGUAUUAAAGGUCGACAUGAGAAACGGCUUUAUGUGUUGUUAACUUUGCCACUCAUCAAGUUAAGUAUGAGCCCUUUGAAAACAGGGCUUCAGCUCUGGCGUAGUGACUAGUCUCUGUUUUCAUACUACUUGACAAAGCAAAAGCCUGAACUUUGGUUUCAAAAAGGGCUAUUGAGUCCUCUGGCAUUUUACAAUACCGGGCCCAACUUCAUAAGAGCUGAUUAUUUAUAAGCAGAAGAAAUUGUUGACAUUUUUCUGCUAAGAAGAAGUGAGCAGGACACCAGUCACAGACUGUACAUGUGACAUGGUACUUAGACUGGUAACCAUAAUUUUGAUGCUUAAGCAGCUCUUCGAAAAUUGACCCAAGUGUCAGAUACACACAUGGUACAAUCAUUCCAAUCCAAGUGUGAACAAGAUGUUUGCCCAACUUAAGUUACUUUUAACUUGUUUGUAACUGAUUAAUUUUACAAAUUAAUUCAAGUUUCAAUGAACUAGUUCUAUAAAUAUGCGUUUACUAAUCGGUGAGCUUUGAUCGAGUGGGCUUUCAAUGUAGCAGUUUAUCGGACAAUUUCCAAAGCUGGUCUUUCCUUUAACUACAUAUGCAUGCCAUGUACCAAGUGUAAACUUUAUAUUAAAUAUUUUUUUUGACCACCUUAGAACCAUGGAUUAUGUUCUCCUAAGGCCUCAUUAAUGUGAUAAAUUGGGAAUAAAGUAAUAUAACUGUAAUGUAAA